CAUGCUUUGUAUAUUGACUGUUUAAUCUGCAACGCAACCUCAGUUCAAGUAAAUCAUAUUUUUAUUCCUUGUUGAUUGUCCCUUGUGAAAAUAAAAUUGACCGUUUUCUAUCGAACAUAUACUCGUUUACAAAGUUCACAAAACAAAUACAGGCAUUUGUGAACAAAUGACUUUUGGACGAAUCGCCAAUUUGAAUUGGAAUACUUGCAUUGGAAGUAAUGGGAAUAACAUAUUUCGUACCAUGACAGAGAAUAGAAAAAGGUCCCGGGAGGACGAUUCUUGUGAAUUUAUGCCAUUAUCUAAGAGAAUUAAUAAUUUGCACAUCAAUAACAACCUUAACACGACUGGUUCGCAAUCGCAAGAUUCUAGUCACAGUCAAAUUAAUGGAAUAAAUACAGAAAACGGAAUCUCAUCGCCAAGUUCUUCGUCAGGAUCAGAACGAAGACCUAGCUAUGACCCUGGAAUGAAUUCCUCGCAGAGUAGUUAUUAUUAUGACAAUAAGUUGUUAUUUGAACUUCAUUUAGAGAGAAUGCAGCGUUGUGGACAACAAUUUCCAUUUUAAUAUUAAUUUUAGUGCUACAUGGUUAAGUUGUGUGUUUAUUCAUAAUUUGUUACGCCUAAUAUUAAUUAGUAUAUUUAAAUUGUACCUUUUUUAAUUAAAAUUGUUGAAGCAUGGUAACAA